AUGUCAAGACCGCCCCUGCAACAAUGGCGGCAUCCCCCAUCCACCGGCCACCAUCUAGUCUCCGACGGUGAGGCUUUGAGCGUGAGGGCCGUCCCGCCAUACGAACAAGAGCCUCCGAGCUUUUUGCAUCCGCGCCGCCAGAGCUCGGGUUCAACCCCUAUGGCCUUGUCCCAGUACAGGCCGCCCGUCCACGGAAGACCCGGGGAUGGUGGAGGUCCCAGUUAUAGUGGAGGUCCUAGUUAUGGCAUCUCGCCAGAUCCUGGAGGUCCCCUGGCUCCAUACGGGACACAGCGACCAAGCCUGUCGGGGAUGGAGUAUACAGGGCCUUCGAGUCCCCACUACGACACGGCCAAUUACGCUCGAGCCUCGAUCAGCUCGACUGGGCGAAUGACUGACAUCGACUCUCAGUAUGUGACUGCCCCCUCACCCCCGGUGCCUUCGACAUCCCGCGAGGUGUUGAUAUCCGACAGACCCAACUCAUCCCAUGGAUCCAGAUACAGUAGCAGCCCAGUACCCUCAGACAAUGGCGCCGCCGCAUACACCCGCAGCCUUGCUCCCCUCGCCCAACCACAACCCCGGUAUUCCACAUCCUCCAAUUCCCCCAUGAGCCUGGGCAACCUCAUCCACCAUUCGCCGACGCCGUCGCCGCCGCCACGACGCACCUCCUCGACACCCCGCUACCACCUCCACAUCCGCCAGCAGCCCAUCGCCGCACGAGCCUGCGGAGCCGUCGACCGCGAUCGACGACCCGUCGAUCCUCCCCCGAUCCUCCAAAUGCUAAUCACCGACUUCGACCCGCGCUCCACCAACGACCUAGACAUCCUCCAAGACCCCCGCUUCGCCGUGGGCUGCCUCCUCUGCCCCAUCCCUUCCACACCGGAGUCAGCCCCGGGCCAAUCAACACCCCUCCUCUCAGGCAAAUCCUUCGUAUCGCCCUUCUUCGUCGACGCCGACCCCGACCCAGCCACCGCACCUCCCACCCCCACAACCAACGACAUCAUCAACAACCACCAUCACCCUCCAGGCACCAGACACCCCCCGGAGAAGGAGAACCCCCCACCCACCCCGCAACCUUCUUCAUCUUCUCCGACCUAUCACGUCGAAGACACGGGCAUCUCGAUGCCUAUCCUCGCCGAGGCCUGGUCCGACCCUUUCCGCGUGUACCCGGCUAAGGACUUCCCGGGGAUGCGCGACUCGUCGCCGCUUACGCGGGGGUUGAAGGGGAUGGGCUUUGCGGAGCUUAAGACUCGCGGGAAGGGGACGGGGCAGGGGAGGCGGAAGUGA